GGGAAAAAUCUUAUAAAAGCCAACCACGCAGACCGGGCGGAACGCAGUGCGCACGACGGAUUUUUCCGACCAGUUUCAUUCCGCGCGGUCUGAGUAAGUCACUUAGUUUGCUUCCCGCAGGCAGUCAGAGCUUAGUAGAGGUAGAAAACGCAGAAGAUGUCCAUCGUACCAAUGAUGUUCCGUGACUGGUGGGAAGAUUUCGACACUCCGAUGCGCUCGUCGCGGUUGUUGGACCAGCACUUCGGUACCGGUCUGCGUGUCGACGACCUGUUCAGCUCGUUGUCCACCCGGACCCCGGCCUCGCCGCUGCUCCGUUCCGGCUACUACCGGCCGUGGCGCAACACGGCCCUGGCCCGGCAGGAUUCCGGUUCGACGCUGAACCUCGAAAAGGACAAAUACCAGAUCAUCCUGGACGUGCAGCAGUUCACGCCGGAGGAGAUCACCGUCCGGACCACCGACCGGUACGUGGUCGUCGAGGGAAAGCACGAGGAAAAGCAGGACGAGCAUGGGUUCGUUUCGCGCCAUUUCACCCGCCGUUACCAGCUGCCAAGUGGUUACGAUCCGCUCGACGUCGUAUCGACCCUGUCUUCCGAUGGAGUGUUGACCGUGACGGCGCCCAAGAAGGCCCUGCCCGCACCCAAUCCGGAACGCAGCGUACCCAUCCAACAGACCGGGCAACCGGCCAAGGAGCUGCCAACGGCCAGCAGUGACCAGCCAAAGAUCGAACAGGUGGCGUAAAUCGAGCGUGGGCGAGAGAACGGUGCAACGGAGUGCAAUUAAAUGGAUGAUGCUUUUUAUGUUUGGGUUUCCUGGUAUUUAUCAAAGUAUUAGUGCUUGUUUUAUUUUUGGAAGAGGUUUUAUUUUCUUUGAGUUCGUAGUGAUGCAUUUCUGAAAAUAUAAUGUCAACUUUUAUUGAACACAA